AUAUAAAGGUUAAAUUGAUAACCUUCGAUGUUGACAAUGUCAAUAUCCGAGAUCCAGGUUUGGAGUCCUCAAAUGCCCAACACCAGUAAAAGAAAAAAAAAAUCGGCACAUGUUGCAAAAAAAAAUCAUAUUUAACAGGUACGAGUAAUUGGAAGGCGUAGCCGGAGAAUUCUGCGUUGUGUGUGUUUGAGGUGUCAGCAAUGGCUACGGUGGCGAGGAAGGGUAAAGUUUGUGUGACGGGGGCUGGAGGGUUUAUUGGUUCGUGGGUCGUCAAGCUUCUGCUAUCUAGGGAUUAUAUUGUCCACGGAACUGUGAGGGAGCCCGGAGAUGCGAAGUAUGCUCACUUGAGAAAACUUGAGAAAGGGACUGAGAAUCUGGAACUGUUUAAGGCUGAUUUACUGGACUAUGAGUCUCUGCGUUCUGCAAUUGCAGGAUGUGAAGGAGUUUUCCAUGUUGCCAGUCCAGUUCCUUCCACAACUUCAUCAAACCCAGAGACAGAAGUGAUAGAACCUGCUGUAAAGGGCACACUUAAUGUGCUUGAAGCAUGUCUGGAAGCGAAAGUUAAGCGAGUGGUUGUAGUAUCGUCUGUUGCUGCAGUAGUUUUCAAUCCAAGUUGGCCUCAAGGUCAAGUAAUGGAUGAAAGUUGUUGGUCUGAUAAGGAAUACUGCAAAGCUACUAAGAACUGGUAUUUUCUGUCAAAAACAGAAGCCGAAAGUGAAGCCUUGGAGUUUGGGAAAAGACGUGGGCUUGACGUGGUAACUGUUUGUCCUAGCUUCGUUAUGGGGCCAAUUUUGCAGCCAACAGUCAACGCCAGCACCCUGGUUAUACUUAAGCUUCUGAAAGAAGGAUACGAGUCGGUGGAAAAUAGGGUACGAACGAUAGUAGACGUACGAGACGUAGGGGAGGCGUUACUUCUUGUGUACGAGAAGGGUGAAGCGGAAGGAAGGUACAUAUGUACAGCGCAUACUGUGGAGACAAGGGAGAUGGUGGAUAUAUUGAAGAGCAAGUGCCCUGAUUUUAACUAUCCGAAGAAGUUUAUUGAAGUGAAGAAGGAUUGGGGCAUUGCGAGCUCGGAGAGGUUGCAGAGAUUGGGGUGGAGGUAUCGGGCGUUGGAGGACACGCUUGGGGAUGCUGUCCACAGUUUCAAAGACGCGGCCUUGUUGCACUGACUCGCUCUUGUGGCCUGCUUCUUUGUUUCACUACCAAAUGAUAUAUAUGCUUCAAGCGAAGAACGUGUCUUUAAAUUUGAACCACCACUUAUUUGUAACAUUAAAUCGUGAAACACCUACUCAAUAUUCUUAAUAUUGAACAUCUUUUUUAUAUGCUUU